AUGCAGUACAAGUCAAACUUCUGGCAAGACUUUAUCUAUCUCAACGUCGCCAUGAUGAAAUACAACAGCGGACUUACCCAGGAUCCAGACAAGGACGACCCCAUCACCUCUCUCCCCAGUCAGUGGCCCUUCUUGGCGAUCGGAACCAGGAUGAACGGAUGGUUCGAUAACAAUAUCAAGAUCUACCUCCUCGGAAACCCUAUCGUCUGGUGGAGUGGAACCAUGUCGCUAGGUAUCUUUGUGUGCAUGCUCGCGUAUUAUAAUAUUGUGAGGGAUCGGCAGCAGCAGCUGUUGCUUGAACAGGAACAACAACAACAGCAGGAUCAGGAACAGGAGAACGACGUUGCACAGGAACACCAAAGCCUUCAACCUUCAUCCACUACCUCCAUAUCCACCAAAAUGACAGACCAAGAAUGGGACCAAUUCAAAUUCAUCGGAAAAAUAACCCUCGGAGGCUGGAUCCUCCACUACCUCCCUUCCUUCAUCAUGGGCCGCGUCAUGUACCUCCACCACUACUUCCCCGCCCUCUACUUCACCAUCCUCCUCCACGCCUUCCUCAUCGACCACCUCCUCCAUCGCCUCGCCCAACACCUUAUGGGAUCCAUGGUCCUGUAG